AUUCCUGUGUGUCAGCUGUCUGUUAAAUGUUUUCAUCUGACAGCUAUUGUCGUUUGAUAGUUUGCCGAAUUUUAUCUCUCGUGUGUGUUUUGCAUUUUUUUUUGAUUGUAAUGUGGAUUUUUACAAAUUUUGCCCAUAAGCGCCAAUGAAAAAAGAAGUGGUUAAUUUAAAGAAAAAAAGAGUGUAGCAUAUAAACAGCAUUGUAUAAACAAAGUGUCGGAGGUGUGUGACAAACAGCUGGGGUGUUCAACAUUUAAGUCGUCGAAGUUAUCGCAGCUACAAUAAAAUCAGCUUUCAAGUGCACAUAAAUCAGCAGCAAAAUGCCGAGACCCACGCGUACUGUGAAAGAGCAGGCAAAGGUGGAUUUAUCCAAAAUACCAGCACACGUGGAACGUGUAAAUGUCAGCGGUUUGCUGCGCACACACAAUGACUACGUUAUGAAGGCAGCCGAAGGACUGUUUAAAGCGCGCAAUUUUCAAGACCUCAUGAUUGAGUCAAUGAACGCCAAGUCCUACCUCCAUGAAUUAGGCAUUUUCAAAGAUGUACAGGUGCGCGUUGACGUAAGCAAGGGCGAGAACGCCUCACCCAAUGGCUAUGAGAUUACGCUGAAGGGUCAAGAAUUGUCGCGCCUUGUUGGCUCGGUAGGCACUGAAGUGGGCCAAAAUGAAGGUUCCCUGCGCACCGAAUUAAGCAUACCAAAUUUGUUUGGGCGCGGUGAAAGUGUUUCACUGCAAGGCUCCUACGCAACAACACGCGCCAACGAAUUGCAACUGCGGUUCUGGAAGUCAUUCUUUCAUACGCCCUUCGUGGAAAAUCGGCCAGAAAUAUCACUUUCACUCUUCCGAAACGUGGAUCGAAUGGAUAUUAGCUCGUUUCAAAAUGCCAAUUUGGGUUUUAUGACAGAUUUCUCAGUUAACUCGCUCUAUCCCUUUGAGCUUACCCACUCCAUACAGUAUGAAGCGUCUAUACGCGAAAUGUCACUACUGGCGAAACAAGUUCCAUUUAAAAUACGUGAACAUUGUGGCCCCAAAUUGGCAUCACUGGUGCGUUAUUCUGUAAUUUAUGAUCAGCGUGAUAAUCCCGUAUUUCCCACACAAGGCCUAAUGUUAAAAUCGGUCAACGAAUAUUGUGGUUUGGGUGGCAAUGUUGCUUACAUGAGCAGCACUACGCAUGGUGAAAUAAGUGUACCAUUGGUUGCCGGACUUGUGGCACAAGUUUGUGGUCGCAUUGGUGUAAUUAAGGAAACUAAAAACACAACAGUACUACCUAUCAGUCGUCUAUUCUACUGUGGUGGUCCACUGACGCUUAGAGGAUUCAAGUAUGGUGGCGCUGGUCCAGUGGUGGAGGGCACAUCCAUCGGUGCGCAAACUCACUGGUGCACUGGUCUUCACUUGUGGGGCCCUUUGCCGUUCAGUCACGUAUUCAAGGGAUUGGCUAACAAUUUCCGUACUCAUUUAUUCUACAAUUGUGGAGGCUUCAACUCAUUUUCAACAGAAAACAUGCGCAGCGCUUUUGGUGUUGGCCUAGCAUUUAAAUUAGCCGAACGAGCACGCAUUGAAAUGAAUUAUUGCAUACCGGUACGCAAAUAUGCGAGCGACAAACCAGUGAAUGGUUUCCAAUUUGGCAUUGGCUAUGAAUUUGUCUAAAAUUGUUUGGAGUGGAUAAAUAAUGUGACAAGUUAGCGUUAGAAGAACUGUCGGAGAGGACAGACUAGACCAGCAGACUAGCAGCAAACACUAUUGUAACUACUACUACAUCUACUACUACCAUUGCAAACACACACACAUACAUGCAGCAAAACUUUCGUCGUUCAUUCAUUUGUCUGUUGUUUGUCGUUUAAUAUUAUUAUUAUCACUUUUUUGUUGGCUCGCCCAAAGACAUUAAUUGUUUAAUAUUUGUUUUUACUGUAGUAAUUGUAAGUUAAAUAUUAACUAAGCCAGUCAAAAGUCACGCUUACACAUCAACAUAUACAAAGCAUGUACAUGAAAAAGGAGACGGAGUUGAUAUUGUGAAGAAGGCAAAGCAAUGGGAGCUACAAAAAAACCUUGUCAAACAAAAUAUGUGCAAAAAUACUUAAACGAAUACAAAUACAUUUAAAUUAUAUACGAUAAAGAUAUAUAUUAUAUUAGUUAAUGCUAAAUAUCAAAUAAAUUGACAAAUGAAAGUGGAUCAAAUACAUACACAACUAAACUAAUCUGCAUGUUUACAUUUGAAAAAUAUCACAUAUCCAGUUUAGGACAAUAGGAAGAGUUUAUGCAAUGUGACUAACCGCUUUGUGGUAGAUGGGUUCGAAACCUAACCAAGACGAAAUCUAGUAUCAUAAAACUCACCCUUCACCUGCAAUUCCCAACAUAAAGAGUGUUUUAGUGACAGAGAGAAAACUUCAGAAACUGCUCAGAAAUUAAGAAUCUAAAUUUUUGUAUAGAAAAAUUGAAAUGCCCCAAAACUAACGAAAGAAAACCGUAAAGUAUAGUUCAAAGUCAAUUAUAACAAAACCAAUCAAGCAAAACGCACCACUUCCCUAAUCACCCUAAACGAAUCGAAACGAACAAAAUGUGUAUACAAUUAAAAAAAACUAGCCUAACAAUCGUCAUCAAUCUUAACACGUCAACAAAAUAAAAUAAAUUUAGUUUAUCAUAAAGAACAGGAUGGGUGAAAAUAAAGCCAAUAAACUGACCGACUCCUGUUAGCGCAGCAAUAGUUGAUGCAUUUAACAAAAGUAGGUCAGUGUUUUUUCAUGAUUUAUUUAGAGAACCAUUUAAACAGUUCAGAAACAAUUUAAUCAAAUAAACGUGAUCGCAACAAACAAACUGAGAACUAUAAUUCAAAUAAGUGGUGUUGGAGCUACACAAAGGCAGUGUGUAAAUUAAUAGCACUGAGUGGCACACACAACAAACGAAACAAAUUCGUUUUUGAGGUUAAAUUCAAAGUGGGUUAAAGUUCUCAGGCAAAUAAAUAAAAUAAAAAUUAUUCUUAACGAACAUUUAAAUACGUU